CUAAAAACCUUGAGAAUAUUUAGGGUUUUGUCCUUCCUUCCAAAAAAACCAAACCCAAAACUCCUGCUCUUCAAACCGACUUAAUUAAUCACCUGCUUUCUUGAUUUGAUCCAUCAAAUUCUCUUCUUCAUGGCUCGCUUUGUUAAUGUUUCUUCAAUGGAUGCAGUUGAGGAGGAGACUCAACCAUCUAAUCCUGUGGCUGCACCGAUGAUGGAACUGCCAGCAGGAUAUCGGUUCUGCCCGAAGGGCUAUGAGCUCUGCCGAUAUUAUCUCUACGACAAAGUUACGACGGGUUGCUGCAGGUGGGAGAAUGUGAUCAUCGAUGUCGAUAUCUUAGCGCAUCAACCAUGGGAUCUCCCAGGAAUGGAAUCGAAUGAAAACGAGGGUUACUAUUUUUAUGCAAGGGAAAAGAAAUCUAAAGCAGCAGGAGCGGAAAACACGAAGAACAACGAGAGAAAAUUGAAGUGCGCAGAAAAUGCUUGCUGGAAAGUGAAUGGAAGUGAUGAUGUUAUGGAACAAGGGAUGCUCUGGGGAAAGAGGAACAAUCUAAACCAUUGCGUUGGCCCUAAUAAAAAGGACAAAACCGACUGGUUGAUGCAAGAAUUUGUACUCAACCCAUCCCUAAUUGCGCAAGCAGGAUGCAACAACCCUGAUGAUAUUGUCCUUUGUAGAGUGUAUAAGAAGAAGAAAGACUCAGAGUCCAAGAAGGUGGAGGUGGAGGUCAAGGUGAAACGAGAUGGAGAGGAUCAGGUAACUUGCAACGGAAAGAGCUACCGCAGCAGGAAAAGUUCUAAGAAUGUAGAAGUGAAAAUUAUGCCUCCUUUUGUCAUCUCUGGAUCUGGGCAACCUGUCAAGCGGAAAAGGAUCGAUGCUUCCUCCAGUAGUACUGCUCGCUUCCCACGGACGACAAUUCAAGAGAGUCGUACUCAACCUGCAGCGGCCGUUGCAUCUACAUCGUCAAUGACGUCGAGCUGUUUUCAGCCAUCAGCCGCAGCAUCUGUUUCAGCCCAGCCCUACAUUCAGGAGAGUUAUCAUCCAGCAGCAACUAGCUUAUUAGUGAAGAGUUACAACUUCCAGUCAGCAGCUUUAUCGACUUUUGCAGGAUAUCCCUACACCCAGGAAACUCAUUCUUCUGAAUUAGCUGCCAUGAAGUACAAUCUCCAGCCGCUUGAUUCAGCAGAUCAGCCUUAUAAUAUUAUUCGGCAGACUCACCUAGCAGCCACGGCUCAAAGCACAAAGAAUGACUGCGACCAGUUGCCUGCCUCCUCACCUAGCAGUAUUGCACCAAUUGAUGAUGAUCCUAAUAAACUAUAUUAUACAGAGGAGCUGACUAGUUCAAUCCAAACUUUUGAUAAGGCUACAUGGAAAAUGGAGAGCGAUCAUCUUUGUUUUGAUCCAGACUCACUUCUACAUUGGUUGGAUAUUAAUUAACUUCAUUUCAUUGUGCUAGAAUUGUUAUAUAUAAAUAUAAAUAUAUAUAUAUAUAUAUUUUUUUUUUCUAUAUAUCUACAUGAUGUGCGUGGAUGUGUUUAUUUAAGUUUAGAUUUUUUAUCAAUUGUUAAAAUAUUUGAACCAUAAUAGUAUAAAAAAGGGGUUGUGGG